CGCGUGCGCACGACGGGAGGAGGCAGACAGGGGGCUGCUGGGAGGGUUGGGCAGUUCGAAAAACGGGUGGGCGUGUGCCGGGUGGGCGCGGGAGGGGCCCGGGUGCGCGUGCGCGUCUGAGCCGGAGCUGCGGGAGGAGGCGGGAGCCGAGGAGGCGGCGGAGGGGGCGGGUCGCGUCGGGCGCCACGUCCGCAGCCAGAGGCCGCCGCCGACUGAGUCUUCUGGCUCCACAGCGUGAGGGGGCCGCUUUCGGAGCCCGCAACCGCCCGCGGCCGUGCCAGCUGCGCAGGCCGCCUCGGCCCUCCCCCGUGCUGUGCGCUCCCUCCGCCAGGCCCCGGCGCCGGCCCGCGACCCUGGCAGUGAGCCACUCUCUUGGGUUCAGGCACACAAGCCUUGGUCCCCAGUGGGCAUUCCCAGUGCUCUUCCCAGAUAAACACCGUGCCUGCUUUGCACACGCAGCUUCAAGACUGGUCCCCCAGCUCCCACUUGCAGUCAGAUCCCCUCUCCUGAAGACACAUCGCCUUUUCUGUGAGAUCAUGAAUCAAGCAGAUAAAAAUCAACAAGAAAUCCCAUCAUACCUUAGUGACGAACCACCAGAAGGUUCAAUGAAAGAUCACCCACAGCAGCAACCAGGCAUGUUGUCCCGUGUGACUGGGGGUAUCUUCAGUGUUACAAAGGGAGCUGUUGGUGCUACCAUUGGUGGUGUGGCUUGGAUUGGUGGAAAGAGUCUGGAGGUGACCAAAACAGCUGUUACAACUGUGCCUUCCAUGGGAAUAGGGCUGGUGAAAGGGGGCGUGUCUGCCGUGGCUGGAGGUGUUACAGCUGUUGGGUCUGCUGUUGUAAACAAAGUGCCCUUAACAGGAAAGAAGAAAGACAAAUCUGACUAAAACAUGGAGAUACACUUGCUCUCCACAGCAUUAUGAUGCCAGUGGCAUUGAAUUGGUAAAUUAUGGACUACAACCAAGUCACCUGUUUUGGACAUUCAUCUUUUAAACUGCUGUGUUCAAAGUAUUGAUGACUGGCUUUCGUCUAAAAAGAAGAGACCAAUACUAGCACAGUGUAUGAAGGUUUCUCAUACUUAAAGUCCAGCUUUUUAUCUGGUAAAAUGUUACUUAUUCAGUUGUAACUGAAGAUCAGUAUAUUUGAAUAUUUACUAUAAGUCUUUCAGUUUAACUAAAAAUGUGAAAGUUGAAUUUAGUGGAUGAUCUUUACAGUAAGUUCCAUAUGUAUAAUGUGCCAGGUGACUCAUCUGCCCCUUAAGAAGGGAACCUUGAAUUACAUAAACUGUACCUUUGAUGUGCCUAAUAGUUUCAGAUGUCUUAGGUUUUUUAUAACCAUAGUUGAUUAGGCCAAGAGGCAUUCUUCUUGUUAUUUAAGCUGGUAAAAGUAGCAGGAAUUAGAGAAGUUUAAAAGAAAAGAUAAAUCGUUUUAUGAUGCUGAGUGUUAACCAUCUUCUGUUAGAUAUGCAUUGUAUUAAUUUAAUCAUUGAUGCCUUACAAAAGAAAACAUCUUUUUUAAUACCCUAAAUAUGUGCAGUUCUUAUAUAUGCAUUCUUUUAAAAGUUGUUUGUGAAAUUAGUUUUCCCUUUUAAGAAUCUCAGGAGUAGUGGGGUAAAGGCAUUUCUUGCUCUCAGCAGAUAAGACAGUGCUUGGUAACUUUUUGUUAACUGUUAGUAGUUAUAACCAAAUCAUACGCUUCAGCCUGUGUUCAUGCUCCAUCGUUAAUUCACCUCACAGUGCCUAAGAACAUUUCUUUGCUGGUCAGAAGCUAUGUUGGAAGAGUUUCCUAUUAAGGAGGAACAAAUAAAUAAAUGUUCUUGAGAAUUACCUAAAGCAUCCAAGAUAUAAAAAGAGUUCUUCAUACCUAUUUUAUUUCUAAGAUGGCUUAUACUAGCAGUGCCCCUUUUCAAAAAACACAGUAAAAGCAAACACAAAUAUGUGAGGGCUGACUUUUAAACGGAAUGAAAUGGGCUCCAUAGAUUAGUUUUGAAAAUAUAUCUAAGUGUUUUCAGUGGUUUAUAGGCUUUUCAAACAUGGUAUCCUGCAGUCCUUUAAAGGAGCUGUAGACUUUGCACUAGCUUCCAGGUCCACUGCAGGCAGGGCAUUGAAGUUUCUGAUUAUGGACGCCAAGUGUGUCACGUCUCACUAACACGUCUCAUCAUGUCUCAGUCAUUCUCAAAGAAUACAGCCUAGCUGGAGUUCAUCUAUUUGUUUUUUGUUUCAUGUUCAGUUUCAUAAACAUUUAAAAAGUUGCAUAUAUAUUUGGCAUUCCUCUUAACUAAGGGUUAUAAUCCAAGUCUGAAAAACCUUAGUUUUCUAUCAGUCUGGAAAUUUGCCUCCAUUCCGCAGACUUUUUUUUUGCGCGGGAGAGGAGGAAAGGAGGUGAUGCUCUGGAGUAAAUAAAUCAAAAUAACAUCCCUGAGAGCUUAAAACAGAUCACUUUAAUACCCAAGGCUUAAAUAAAAUGUCUCUAAAGCACUGAGAGUUUUACAUUAAUGAUGUGGAUCAACAAAUGGAUAAGAAUAUCACUUAACUUUUCUUUUAAAAGCUUUCAUAAAUAACAGCAGGGAUUUUAAGCAAAUCUACAAAGGUUCUUGAACCUCGCUGUUGUACACAAAACUUCAGAGUUGUUAAGGAGUUCAUCACAAAUAAAUGAUUAUUUCAUGCAGUAUGAUUUAAGGUAUAUUUGUUGGUAUAUCUGGUCAAAUGUCAUAAUUAGCAAAGGUGUUUUUUUUUAAAAAAAACUCCAGAAUUAAUAGAUGAACACUAAAUAAUGAACUAAAUAAUGGAAUUGGAGAACUUGUUUCCUGCUAUUUGAAAGAAACUCUUCACUGCUAGUUUAUAUUUCUAAUUUGUCUUCUGUAGUCAUGGGCUCUGCCGUGCUUUGUACCUGAAUUUCUACAUAUAGACUUCACUGUAUGCUUGCAUAUUUAUUUUCAAGUUUGCUUGUCUUUAAAAUUGCUGAGGAAAAAUGGUUGUAAUUAAUUUCUGCUACAGAAAAGCCACCUGGAACAUUUUAUCUCAUAAAGUUUGUUUUAAAUUCCAAACUCUAACUUUGUUCAGGAGAGGCUCUUGCAAUGAUAGCAGAGAACUGUACAAAUGAUCAGUCAGUCAGAGGUUCUUGCUGAAAUGAACUUGCCCUUUGAUGAUAUCUACAGCUGUACACUUGAGUCUUUUCCAGUUUAUUUUCAUAGACUAGCAGUUUGACUUGUAAAACAGUACUAGAUCACUUCAAGAAACUACGGUGGUUUGUAUACACCUGGAGGCACCUGUUAUUCAUUUGACCCUUUGAGUGGGUGUUCGGCACGAGGAUAAAGUUGUGACUCACUUGAAGGACUGACCUAAUAAUGUGGACAUUAUGAAUCCUGUACUUAGUGAAAUGUCAGAGGGAAAGAACUGAUGAUUGAAUAAAUUUUUUUUGUAUUAAAAGAAUGGGAAAAGAAUACAUCUGUUAAUAAAGCACUAUGAUCUGCAAAAGAUGAAAUGUUUCAUAAAGAUCUAAGGAAAUAAAGGAAAUUUUGAAAUAGGGUAGUCUUUUUAGUUACAUAGCAGUUCAGAAAGUACUAUAGCCAAUUUUUAUAUUUUUUUGAUACUAAUGCACAAACAUCAAACCUCUAAUAUGUAUUUUGAUGCCAACACAAUGAAGUACAAAUGUAUUUUA